CGUUUAUUGAAAUUUAAAAUUUAAUUAAAAAAGGCUGGCUCUAUUAUAUAUACUUAAUAGUAGAAACUUAUUGGUCUGUGUAAAUAUUGUAUCAAGAAUAUUAUAAUAAUAUUACAUUUUUUUUUACUGAAUAAUUAAUUUUUUGUACGAUGUACAAAACAACUUCAAUAGUGAGGAGAUGAAAUUGAUGUUUAAAAAUGUUCAAGUUCAAUUUUAAUGCSGAUGAGUUGGAUGCGUCUGAAUGCUCUGAAAAUUAUGACGAGGUGGUCAAAACAGAAGAAUUAACUAGUUCUUAUUCAUUGACCACCUUGCCAUUCUCAGAAUUGAUCAUUGGAAAUAAGUGUUUAAAAUUAAUUCAUGAAUUUCCCAAUACAUACAAUUCGGAUCUCAUUCCUGGMACUUAUGAAGGAGGAUUUAAACUUUGGGAAUGUACUCUUGAUCUCUUAGAAUAUCUAAGUAAUAAUGACAUGUACUACAAAGACAAAUCAGUCUUGGAUUUAGGCUGUGGURCUGGGCUUUUAGGCAUUUUUACAUUAAUUUCUGGAGCUCGAAAUGUAGACUUUCAAGAUUUUAAUAAAGAAGUAUUAACCAAUACAACUAUGAGUAAUGUAUUAGUUAAUUGUAAAGAAAGGUUAGAAGAUUGCAAGUACUAUUCAGGUGAUUGGAAAUCAUUUACURCAUUUAAUGAAGAUACUUACGAUCUAAUUUUGACAUCAGAAACUAUCUACAAUGUGAACAACUAUACGAAGCUUAUCAAAUUAUUUGAAAAAAAAUUAAAACCAUCUGGAAGUAUUUUAUUAAUUGCUAAAAAUUAUUAUUUUGGUGUUGGUGGUUCUAUUAGUGAAUUUUUAAAUUGCUUAAAAUCUUCUAAAAUGAAGUCAGAUAUUUUUUGGACAAGUACAGAUGGAGUUAAAAAAACCUUGCUCAAUAUACAUUUUUGAUUGCUAAAGAUCAUCAAUAAUAUAAGAACUAAAAUUCAAAUGAUGAUGUUUUUUUUUUAAUUAUAUAUCAUUAUUUACAUAAUUAUAAAUGGUAAAA